CUCUCUUUCUAUCUUGUAGCCCCACUCCAGGUUGUCUAUAAAUUGGACAUGCACGCAAGACUAUUGGAUGAACCAAAAGACACUAGAUAACCCCUUGCUUAGAAAAUGGAGUACUCUAGUGGAUUUCCUAGAAAAAGAGAUGUUUCUCUUCAUGAACUUAGCAGAAGGCUUGCUGAGUUUGCUGAAGUAAGAGGAUGGGAUCAAUAUCACAGUCCCAGAAAUCUUCUUUUAGCUCUUGUGGGAGAGGUGGGGGAGUUGUCUGAGAUAUUCCAGUGGAAAGGAGAGGUUGCAAAGGGAUUGCCAAAUUGGAGUUCUGAUGAUAAGGAGCACUUGGAGGAAGAGCUUUCAGAUGUUUUGCUGUAUCUAGUGCGUCUUGCUGAUGUUUGUGGGCUAGAUCUUGGACAAGCAGCUCUAACAAAAAUAGUAAAGAAUGCUAAGAAAUACCCAGUUACUAAUGAUCACACGCCCACUUCCACCUAGUUCUUAAUUUCUCAUGCAUUUUUACUACUAUGCUAUUGCUACCUACCCAAAAAGAAAAACAAAUUGCAUCUGUGUAAUGUAACUUAGCUUGGUUUUAGUUUUGGAACUGAGUCCACUACCCUUCUAUCUUCACCGUCUAAGAAGAGCAAACCUUUUAAAGAAGCAAUAAGUAUUUAAUAAUUUGUGUUA